AGACAUCUCGACACCAUCUUCCAGUCAUCUGCUCCCGUCCACAGCAACUACAACUACUUUCGAGCUGUCUCUAGCACCCGUUCCCUUCGCACCUCAUACCACUCUUCUUUCCUCCCCACUUUUGGUCUAAGUCUGGUGAGUUUGGCGACAAACCGCUUGGCUUCCGGCGCGCAAUCACCCACUCCCUCAUCCCUUGCUUCGCCACGCCUCCUACGAGUAACACCUCUUCUUUGUCUCUGAGCCUUUCAACCCUUCUAUCUGAACUUGACGAGAGAAGGAUACGGAUAUUGUCGAACAGAAAGAUAUCAUCUGGUAGUCCGCCACCCGGCAUCCAGACACGUAACGAUUGCUUCCAUCACUCUGGCACCUCCCAGGAUGUGGUCUACUGCCGCUUCUUGGGCCGCCCUACUUGCGUUGACCGCGGCCCUUACCCGAUAUUACAAUCCGGAUUUGUUCAAUAAACUCACUGGUCAGGCGUUCACGCGAGCACCACAGCCACCACAAGAGUUGGAGAGACACACUGCCAAACGACAGAAGGCGAAGCGGACACAUGCCAGUCGACUAGAGACUAGCAACAGCGGCACGUCUACCCCAACCAGUGCUACUGAAGGAAAGUCCAACAAGAGAAGGAAGCUCGUAUCUGCGCCCAUUGAGGACAAGGUGGUUGCUCAGACUGCCGGGGGUCAACGAGUAACUCUGCCCCGAGACGAGGAGGACGAAUUGAGCAACAAAGAAUUCGCUCAGCAGCUCGCCAAAGCGCAGGCUGGGACUACUCUGGAGCCUGCCAAGUCGCAGGGAGCAACCAAGAAAGAGCGACGCGCCGCCGCCAAGUCCUCGCACGGGAAGCAGAAUGGCCUGGAAGCUUCAGGACUUUCCACCGAGACCUCGUCCACGACCGGCCGCGACGCAGACGACGAUCUCUCUCCGAUUGGAUCUCCCUCUACCGGUCCUGUGUCGACUGCGCCCACCUCCCGGGCUGGUGACGUGUCGGACAUGCUGGAGGCCCCUGCAGCCAAACCUGGAGUUCUGAGAUUGACAGAUGUCAAGAGUGAGAGCCCAAGGGCAGCAGCGGGCUCCUCGAAAGCUGCUUUCCAACCUGCCUUGACCAAGAAACAGAGACAGAGACAGGCCAAAGCAGCCGAGCAGAAGACCUUAAGAGAGGCGUCGGACCGCAUCCACGAGCAAAAGAAACAAGCCCAAUUGCGGACUGCCAGAAUGGCUGAAGGCAGCUCGAAUCAGACCAAAGCAAAUUCGUUCACGGCGAAGCAGAAUGCCUGGCAGACUGGGAAGCCAGCCUCAGAGAAGUUAGCCCAGACCACAGAAGUUGCGCCUCUCCUCGACACCUUUGAACAGCCACAGCUACCCACUGUCACUGUGAACGAGUCUGUCACUGCCGAACCGCUGUCCCAUGUCACCAACACCGUGCCGGAGACAGCAAACGUCACCGAAGUCAAACAAGAUGUUGGCAAAGGCAAAACUCAGGCGCUGGGAGCAUCAGACCGAGAGAAACUCGUCAGACCCGUGCUAGGGAGCCAGCCAAGCUGGGCUGACGAGGUCAACGAGGAGGAGCAAGACAAGUGGGCAAAUGAGCUUGCACAAGAAGAGAAAUGGGAAUCGGUGACCAACAAGAAGGGGAAGAAGAAGGCCAAGAAGGAUAUAAAUGAUACCAGCAGUGAAGCCAGUUCUUCGGUUGCCAGACCGGGGGCAAACAACCACCCCGUCGUCAACGGCAGUCAAACGAAUGGGAUCAAACCACGCGUGGAGAACCUGAAUCGAUUCCAGUCCAUCGAGCCGGUGACAGACCCGACGUUCAAGGAUGCCGAAUGGGAGGCUUGACCUUGUCAAACAAAUGUGAGAGAAGGCAUUCGCUCCGAAGCGUUCCGGGGCGGAUGUGGCGCACUUUGUUGCCAAUAGUGCAUGGUCAUUUGAGAGGAAAGGCGCGUUGUUUGUUUGUGUGGGAAUUUCUUUUCUUCUACCUUCGUUUCUUUUUUGAAUUCAAGACUUACCCGCGUGGAGCAUCAUUUACGGAGCAUUAGCAUGGGCACGGAUAUUCAUCAAGGCCCCAAAGCCGAAGGCAAAUGCGGAGAUCAAGUGAUCGAACUCCGAAUGGGAUCCCACGAGGUCCAAAUUUCUCCAUACGGAAAAAGGGAGAAAGAGUGUACCAAGAAAAAUAAUGGAGAGAAAGCUAUUGCGCCACCGGGACGAUCCCUAAGAUAGAAGAACCCUUGGGGACUUGUAUACGAUAUGCAAGUCAUCUUGACGCGAUUGUGACCGAGCAGUGGCCCUUGUUCUAGAAGACACAAUCCGCGGAUGACUCGAACUGGACGAUGGCGAGAGCUCAGCGCGACCAGCCAUAUCCGGCAUGUGAGAAAAGACGCUGUGGGAAGAACGCGAAAGGGGCAGUUCCUCUACGUCGCAGAGGCAGUAAAGGGGAGGGGAUUGUGAAGGGGAUUGUGGACUUAGUCAGAACCAAAAUCCAGGGGUUGCCGACCAUGUGAUUGGCUGGGGUCGAGAAUAGCACCACCUCCCACCACGGCUAGUAGACAGCGUGUUAAGAAUAC